AUGGUAGGAAAGGAGAGGCACAACUCUACCUCAAAGAGAAAGAAAGAUCAAAGAACUGAGGGUGACACGCAGCUCCCUUGUGCUGGGGUGCAAAAGAUGAGACUUGAAAAGGCCAAGGAGGAUCUCUUCUGUUACUUAAGAUGUUACUGCUUAGAAGUCAUCCUGCUAGUAUGCAUUUGUUCUCACUUCUCUGUAUCAUCUAGUUAUUCAUUCAAUAAGAAGAGUGGGCACCCAGUAGCUGCCAGUGGAAGACCAUUUCCUUGGUGUGAGCAAAGGCUUACCUGUGUGGUUGUUACCCUUCAUUAGGGCCUUUCUGUCCACCCAAAUCUCAACUCCCUGGACUUUCUUGUCUCUGAGAAGAUAGGUCAGAGUGCCACCCAACUUAGCAUCUUGCACAGCAAAGAUCUUGAAAUUGUAAAUGUCACCCUUCCAUCAGGGGAAGAUUUGAGAUACAAACACAUCGGGGAAGAGCUACAUGUUUUAAGUCACCUGGCUCAUCAACAAAUUGCACAGCUAGUUCUGGAGAAACUUAUGGCCAAUAAUAAUUGCAUGACAUAUUUUGAGUUGACUCAGGCAUGUAUGUCUUUCUUAUGCUUUGAUGAACAUUUGUUCAAAGCCAACUUUUCAAUCAUGAUGGAGAAUAGACAUAUUGCUCUAUCCAACAUGCCAAAGGUUAAAACAAUUGAACUUGAAGGAGCUCUGGAAGACCACUGCAAAGUGACUGUAAGAAUGAGUAUAGACCUUACAGCCUACAUAGUUUAUGAUUUCACUUCUGUGAAUGAUACAGCUUCAUCAGCGGUCAAGGUAUCCAUAUAUGCAUCCCCAGACAAAUGGAAUGAAACAUAUGUUUUGUAGGCAUCGUAGAAACUACUUGGUUCUUACGAAAAGUACUUUGAUAUUAACUACGCACUCCCCAAAUUGGGGAUGUUCAAAUCCCACAUCAUUGCCUCUAUACAGCCUGGAGUCAUGGAAAAUUGGGGCCUUAUUGCAUGUAGAGAGACAUCAUUGCUAUUUGGUCCCAAGACCUCUUCAGCUUCUGCUAAGUAGUGGGUCACCAGAGUCAUAGCCUAUAAACCAGCACUCUACGGUUUUUCAAACUAUGAACUUAUCUCUCUUAGUGCUACGUAUCCAGAGCUGCAAUUCGAAGUUUGUGUUUUGAAUAUUCUUAAGAAUUUUCUCAGUGAGGAGAAAUUCUAGAUAAGAAUAGUUCAUUUCCUAAAGAAGUUCAGCUAUCAAAAUGCUAAGAAUGAUGCUUUGUGGGACAGUCUUUCUAAUAGCUUUUUAGAAGUUGAUUUUACACCUGGUGGAUUUUGUUAUUCUGAUUUCAAAAUGACAAGUAACACACUCACCUUUCUGGAGGAAGAAGCAGAGUUCAAAGAGAUGAUGACCAUGUGGACACGCCAAAAUAGAAUCCUUUUGGUAGUGGUUUAACAAGAUGGGCAUUUACUUAGACAGCAGGAGUGCUUCCUGAAGGGAAUGUUCAAAGAGGACCCAUAAUAGAGGUCUCUGCAGGAGAAAUGCCUGUGUCAUAUCCCAUUGACUUACUCCACCUCAGAUGCAACCCACAGACACAUUUUAAAAUCAAAGACAGAUACUCUGAAUUUACUUCAAAAGACCAACUGUGUGAAAUUCAAUGUGGGCUUAAUUGGCUAGUACUUUGUUCAUUAUGAGAGUCAUGAAUGGGACCAACUGAUUAUGCAGUUGAAUCGUAACCACACACUUCUCAGACUGGAGGACAGAAUAGUUGUGAAUCAUGAUGUCUUUUAUGCAGAAAGGUUGGCCACAGACAAAGCCUUCCAUCUGGCUCACGAACUCCAAUAUGAAACAAGAAUCCAUGUGCUUUUAAAAGGUCUGGGAUACUUAGAAUUAUUUUAUCACAUGAUAGACAGAAGGAAUAUUUCAGGUGUCUCUGAAAACCUCAAGUAUCUUAAGCCAGUGACUGACACACAAAGCUGUAAGGAUGAGGCCUCGGUCUGGGACAGGACACUUCACUGCCUGUGUGACCUGAGCCAUGCUCCUCGCACUCAGAAAGCUGCUGAACUCUCUCGGUGGAUGGAGCCCAGUAGAAAAUUAAACAUUUUGUCAUCAUAUUACCAUAAACCAGCAGAUGUUUUAAAGAUUGCAUAUUCUGUGGGCACUCAGACAACAGCAAGAUAGAAUUGUCUUUUAAAACACUAUGAACUGUCAGUAUUGAGUGUAAACAACAAGACUUUGUAUGCAUUGUCAGUGCAUUUGAGUUGGGCUUCAUUUGCCAUGAAGAUCAUCAUGUCUGAUUCAACAUCUCACUUUUCUUCCAAUGAUGAGUUGCAAGUGGUGAAAGCAUCCUUUGACUCUCUUAGUGCUCAAGGAUUAUAUCUGGUUAUUUUUCAAAUUGUUCUGAAGGCUACAGUCAAAAAUAGUUAAUGGCAAGAGAAGAAUCUUCCCAUUUUGAGGACUUGGAUACAAAUUAGUGUUUAA